CUCUUUUAAAACUCUUGCAUGAAGGGGCGUGUACCUCAAACCAUGCCAGCCGGCCAGCCAGCCAGAUAAGAAGAUAGAAGAGAGCUUUUAUCAGUAGCUGUUCUUAUGAACUAGAGACUCAUAUUCAAGCAGAUAAAUGAGUGAUACAAAGGACAAGAAGUCAGUAUUUGUGGGGCAGCUGUUCCGAGGUGAUCCUAAGAACAAGAGUUGGACUCCAAUAGUUGGCGGACAAGUGGGUGUGUCCAUACAACAGACGAGUGAUGGGUGGAGCCUAGUGGCAGCAAAGAAGGAAACAGUGUGGGAGAUGGCGAUAGGGUCAGGGUUCAAACAUCGGGUGAGAGACAACUUUGUGCAAUGGCAGCGGAAGUGUGUGGGCGGGACUGUGGAGACCUUUGGACUCAGAGUGCGAGGAGACACAGAAGCUCAGCAGAUGAGUGAAGCACUUACUAAAUGGUUGUCCAAACUGGAGGAAAGAAAGAAAGAGAGUGUGGUAGCCCCUCCCCUUCCGUCAAUGCAACAUGAUGACGUGGUACUCAAGGUGUUUAUUCCAGGCAGAGACCCCACCAACGUCUGCGUCCCCCAGAGUGCAACUGUACAGCAAGUUAUGAAGUCAGUGUGUCAGCGACGAGAGCUAGACCCCGCCCACUUCCUCGUCACCCUCCCCCCUAACUCACCCGGGGGACAUCCUGUCGUAUGCAAGGGUCACAUGAUCAUAGGAGAGCUAUCGACCAAUGAGAUUCACUUAUCAAAGAGACGCAAAAGCCCAAAACGUGAAAGCCCCACACACUCAGAAAACAGCACCAAAGAACAGAUGUUGCUUCAAGUUGAGCUGCCUAAAGGGGAGCACACGGUGGUGAGGGUCAGUCCUACCAUCUCCAUGACAGCUCUCCUGAGCUACAUCUGUGAGAAGAGGAACAUCACAAUGGAGGAUUACCACUUUGACCUCCCGGCUACUAUGGAGAGUCUGGCCAAUAAAACACUUCAAGAGCUCAAGAUCAACUCCAUCAGAGUCAUCAGUACAGCGACUGAGAGUGGAUCUGACCAAUCAGCUAACAGCUCUCCCUCGCACGCCAAGAAGGUUAAAAAAAGACAUACGUUAUCACUAUCAUCGCUGGGUCAGGACAGUAGUCAGAGUCGACGACGCAAUGCCCCUCCCCCUCCACCACCCCCCUCCGAUCAGAGGAGACGAACACAGCCAGGAUUUAUGAAAGAGUUAGCGGCAGAGAUGGUUACACGCCAGUCACAUGACAUUAAAAUCACACCCACUGAAAUAUUGACCACACCCACAGGAAGUACGGAACACGUUGAUACUCUUGGAGCAGAACCCAAGAAAGAUUUUAUUAGCCGUCAACCAAAACGCAGAAUGACGACAGGAUCUAGAGGGUCACUAAAGCCACGCAAUGCUCCAGCUCCUCCACCUCCACCCACGCAAGCUACGCCCUCCCCACCAAUGCAGGCCACGCCCCCUCCAGUUGCCAAGGGACGCCCACCUCCUGUCGCAGAGAAACCACACAAGACGAAACCACAUCUCGAAUUGAUUGAUGAGCCAGAUUAUUCGGGACCUGCUGAUGAGCCAGUACUCAAAGGUGUAGAGGUCGUAGGGGUCAAAGGUCGCGUGAAGGAGCAAAAGGAACGUCCAGACUUGACAGAUUCAAUUACGGAAGCUCUCAAGAAACAAACAGCCACUGCCGAGCGGAGGCACACUGGAAUUUCCCGUAAAAGAAUGGAAUUAAGUGAAACCCGCCACUUGAGUCUGGAUAGUGACACCCACACACCUCCACCACUCACACACACUCCACCUCUCACACACCCCAUCAUGGUCCCCAUAGAGAUACCAGAUACUGAGGAUGAUCAAUUGUUUGGUGAUCGUGGUAAGACCCUCCCCAAGCGUCGUGGCCCUGCCCCCCGCCCACCACCCUCAUACAAGAGUCACACCCUUGGCAGAACCGCUAGACAAGAAUCAGCUGAUACUAACGAACUCAGUCGCAGUAGAGAUAAUUUGGAGGAAAUAAAAGACGAGCACAAAGAAAAAAAGAGAACCCCACGAUCACCACGGAAACGACCUUCGCGACCUGCUCCCGUACCUCCUCCUGCGGCUAAAGCCAUUGUACAAGAUGUGGAAAUACAGGAAACAAUUCUCGAUUUUAAGGACACACCAUCCCCACUUCCACAACUCUCACAAGAGUCACCACCUCCACAACCCUCACACACCCCCUCAUCCCCGCCUCCACAAUCCUCACAAGAGUCACCACCUCCACAGCACAAGAGAUCGCCGGGAACUACUCAAAAAGCCACAGCCAUUUGUCAGGAUACUGAGGACGGUGGGAAAGUGCUGAUUGUGCAACCAUCCCCGUCCAUUGAUAGACGAGCUAAAGUCCAAGCUCCUAUCAUAUUCAAACUACCUCCUCCGCCCCCACAGCCGAACAGAGGAGGCAAUAAAGAAAAGAAAAGUAUUAGCAAAGAACUGGAAAAUGAGACUAUUCGUAGUAAAGAAGAUGUUGCUGAACAUAACUUAAAGUUGGAGGAAAUAAAGGAGGUGGAGAAAAUAAAAGUGGAGGAAAUAAAGAAAGUGAAGGAAGUUGAGCGUCCUAACGAUGAUACGAUUCUUAGCAACGAGUAUACUAAUCUCGACGAUUCUGAUGCUUCAGAAGAAGUUUCUAUUGAUUUUACAAAUGAAAGGAUUGGAAACGAGCAGAAUGGAAUGUACAUAGAUUCAACCGCAACUAGUAGUAGCGAUAGUGAAGGAGGUUAUGAUGUAACUGUUGACGACCAAUCAGAUUCACCCAACAAAAAGCCUGUAUUGAAUGGCGCUUACACACCGGAAAAUAUUUUGAACCUCUCAAUCAAUUCAAACGGUAACAAUAGCAACGACAGUGCUGACGAGCUAGGAGCACCCCCUCCUCCGCCAAACUGUAACUAUGGUGAUGACAGUGCUGAUGAGCUAGAAGCGCCCCCUCCUCCGCCAAACCGUAGCUAUGGUGAUGACAGUACUGACGAGCUAGAAGCGCCCCCUCCUCCGCCAAACCGUAGCUAUGGCGAUGACAGUGCUAACGAGCUUGAAGACCCCCCACCACCACCCCCUGUGGAGUUUGAGGAAAACUCUUCAAAUUCAAGCAUCGAUUCCUUAACUGAACUUUCUGACCUUGCUACUGAACCACAAGCCACACCCACACAUGGAGGCGACAUUCUGUUGCUUAGUUACAAGCCGUCAGCGCAAACCAAAGAGUCCCCUACACUCACUGAGGCCUAUAAAGGAGAGGAUAAUUCUGAUACAUCAUUGGACGCUGCUUCUGUGGAGGGUGUGAGAAGUGUGGAGAGUGUGGGGGCGGGAUGGACAGAUGAACCAGUUAGUCCGGGAUUAAGCUCACAGCUGAUGGAAUUGGACAGUGUUGUAUCUGACUUACGUGACCUCCUGAAUGUGGAGGACAAUACUACACUGCCUGACGCCGCUACCGUUGCUAUGGUUACGUCCACUAUCGUACCUGUUCCCCCACCCCCACACGUUGGUACGCCCACACAGUCACAAGAGCUCCCACCCCCUGCUGAGGACAUUGUACAUGUACAACCACCACCACCCCCCACAGAGGAGGUUGUACUACCACCCCCCCUCGAGGGCCCCUCUACACAAUCACAGGAGCUCCCACCCCCCCUGGAGGACCCACUCUUCCCACCUCCCACGCUAUCACAAGAUGUACCGAUAUUGCCGCCCCCUCCCUCCACACUGUCACAAGAACCACCAAUAUUGCCGCCCCCAACCUCCACACUGUCACAGGAUACACAAUCUCCUCAAAACCAGUUGAAAAAGAAUCCAAUUCCAACGAAACCUAAACCACCAGUGGUAUCGAGCAAACAUUUUAAACCUUCGAAUGUCGCAAAGCCCUCUACUAUUAGCCCCAUUGCAACAACUCGUACGCAAGCAACUAAAUCUACCAAUGAACUUCUCGAGAAGUUCCGAGAACGGCAAGCAAAACUGAAAGCUCAGAAAUUGGCUGAAACAUCGACCACCCUCACAAGUUCUACACCAGCGGCAAUUCCCACUCCCAAUGUUUCUGUACCCAUUAUUCCAUCCAGUGCUCCUCUGAAUGCUGGUGGUAGUACAGGGAAUGAUGCAGUCCAAGCUCAGCUGGCGUUUCUACAGCAACAAGUGCUCCAACAACAGAUGCUUCAGUUGCAGCAACAGUUCCAACAGUUGCAGUCGCUGGCUAUGCAGCCUGGAGCUGGAAUGGGAGGAAUGCCUGGAGCUGGAAUGGGGGGACCUUACCUACCCCCAGGCCAGCAUAAUCCCAUGAUGUUUCCUGGAGCACAGCCGAUGAUGAUGGGGCAGGCCGCGUUUCAAAUGCCUCCAGGCUAUAUGGGUCAACCAGGCAUGCCGUUAUAUGCCACACAACAGCCAACUGGAUACAACACACCCCCUCACCCCGCCAUGUUCCCGUCCUCACAACUCCCACCAGCCUCACACAACACGCCCCUACUAGCCUCACACCCUCCACACGAUUCCCCACCCCCUCCACUCCCCUCACAGCCGCCCCCAGACCUCCCCCUACACACGAGCUCUCCACUCGUACUCAGGAAGGUAUCACAAGACACGCGGGCGAUGGCCCUCGGUGGUAUGGAGGACAAGUUUGACUCCCUGAUGGGAGAAGUGAGAGAGAGUGAUCCAGCUACAGUGUUGAAGAAGGUUCCUGUGUCCUCCAAUGAAGGUAGGGACUCCCCUGAACCCACUGGGAUGGCAGCUGCUCUCGAGGUGGCACUACGCCAACGAAGACAACACUUCUCAGAUCAUGACAAGAGACGAUCUAUUGAUGACUCGUAUUCGUCAGAGUGGCAGUCUCCAUAGCAACUGACACUGACUCUAUUAUGUGUUCCCUGUAAAUGUUUUGUUAAUUGCCUUAUUAUCCGAGUGACUACAUUCCCCCAAUUAUAAUUACCAUCAACUAAUUAAACAUGCAA